AUGACUUCGUUAUACAAUUUCAAAAAAAUCACCGUCGUUCCAUCGGCAGCCGAAUUAAAAGAAGUGGUGUUAUCAAAAACACAACGCAAGACCCCAACUGUAGUGCAUCGUCAGUAUGCAAUCAGUCGCAUACGUGCAUUCUAUUCACGCAAAAUCAAAUUUCUGCAGCAGACUCUUCACGAUAAACUCACGCAAAUCAUUACCGAAUUUCCAAAAGUUGAGGACGUACAUCCGUUUUACGCGGAUUUGAUGAAUAUUCUGUACGAUAAGGAUCAUUACAAGAUUGCAUUGGGUCAGAUGAAUACAGCUAGACAUCUGAUUGAUGGGAUUGCACGUGAGUACGUGCGUCUGAUGAAGUAUGGUGACUCGUUGUAUCGUUGCAAAAUGCUCAAGCGUGCUGCACUCGGACGAAUGGUCAAACUACUAAAACGACAGAAGUCAAGUUUUGAUUAUCUCGAACAGGUGCGACAACAUCUGUCGCGAUUGCCCAGCAUAGAUCCUAAUACAAGAACCCUGAUCCUUUGUGGAUUUCCGAAUGUUGGUAAAUCGUCGUUAAUGAACAAGUUGACACGUGCCGAUGUUGAAGUGCAGCCGUAUGCAUUCACGACGAAAGCAUUGUAUGUUGGGCAUUUUGAUUAUAAAUAUCUUCGAUGGCAGGUUAUUGACACACCAGGUAUUCUCGAUCAGCCACUAGAAGAGCGAAAUACAAUCGAAAUGCAAGCAGUCACUGCUUUGGCUCAUCUGCGUGCUGCAGUCUUAUUUGUAAUGGAUGUCAGUGAACAAUGUGAUCAUACAAUUAAUGAGCAGAUAGCACUCUUUGAAAGUAUUCAUCCACUGUUCGCCAAUAAGCCAGUGUUUAUCGGUUUAAAUAAGGUGGAUAUCGUCAACAGAGAUGCGUUACCGUCAGAAAAGGCUGCUCUGUUGGCAAAUCUUGAAAAGCAGCAUUCAAUAGGAAUCGUUGAAGCAUGUGAUGACUUAUUAACGCAACGUGUUCAAAGUAAAUUACAAUCAAAGAAAGGAAACUUGGACGAUGCAGUACUCAGUCGUAUCUUUGUGGCUUAUCCAACACCUCGAGAUGAUAAAGUACGUGCUGCAUUCGUACCAGAGAAGGUAAUCGAGAAACGAACAGCGAUAACUGAUGGUAAAACAUUCGAACGGGAUCCACUCGCUCGCAAAUUAGAACGACAGAUCGAACUGGAGAUGCAAGACGAGUACAUUCUCGACCUGCAAAUUAAUGAUAUGCUUGAAUUGGAACGUGAAAGGUUUGCCCGCUACAUUCCGCCCUGGAACGUUCACCUUUGGAUACCUUCGCCCCAGAAGAAAUUGAUGUCACCUUGCAGUUACUACGAUGAGGAUCUAGAUUCAGAGGACGAAGAAACGAAACAACUCAUGGAAGAUGCGAAGAAGAUUCGUCACAGGGAAGAUGAACUGAGAAUGGAAGGUCGUUGCAAAAAGGGUAUUGAACGACCACGCACGUCUCGUUCAAUAACUCGUAAACGUGAACGAACAAUGCAAAGACUCGAAAGCGAGUUGAAGGAGUUGGGUGUUGAUAUCGAUUCGAAGCGUAUGAAGAAUCUGAUGGGUGAACAGCAAAGACAACCAACCGCUAAAAAGAUUCGUGUCGGCAGAAGUCAGUCAUACCCUGCCAAGCGUGCACCUAGUCGAGACGUGCUAGGUGUCUCUGAUACUAAGUUACGCGUGAAGGCUGGCAAGAUAGCUCGUCAAGGACAGAAAUUAAUUAGACGUGAAGCACGCAAAGGUGAAGCGGAUCAUCGUGUCUUUGUGAAACUUACGAAACAUUUAUUCUGUGGAAAGCGUGGUAUUGGUAAAACAGACAGACGAAGCAUCACUGGAUUGCUGAUGAAGUCCAGUCGGAAAAGAAGUGAGGAAGCGAUAACUGAGGAUGGCGCCAGUGUGCGUUUGAAAGCAAAAAGACCAAAGUCGUCUCUCUGUGACAUCACUGAUACAGUGAAAACUAUACCUGAAGUACAAUCAAAUGUGAUCAACAAAGCGAAGCGACGUCCGUGGCGUAACAAGAUUCGCAAGCAAGCAGCCAAAAAAGCUGCAAAAUUACAAAGACAAAAUGCAGUGAGUGAGAAUGCCGCAUUAAAGGAGGUACAAGGAGCCGUCUUGAAGGAGAAAAGUAAGAAGAAGAAGAAGAAAAAGAAAAGCAAGAAAAAGACUGAAGCGAAUCCGAGUGUAGAUGCGACAUCGACAGUGAACGAGAAUGAUACGGCGUAUUCAUCGUCGUUGUCAGAUGCACAAAAACGAUUGGAAUGUGCUCGAUUUCGUUUCAUUAAUCAACAGCUCUAUUCAUGCAAUGGUGAAGAAGCGCUACAAAUGUUUCAGCACGAUCCACAGGCAUUUCAAAUCUACCAUCAUGGCUAUCGUUCACAGGUAGCACAGCUCGGUUGUGUGUUCCAAUCGAAACCAUAUUCGUUUCAGAUGAAGAAGUGGCCAUUCAAUCCGUUGAACGGUAUCAUUCAGUGGUUACGAACAAUGAUCAAUAAGAGCGAACAACGUUUGGUGAUCGCAGAUUUAGGGUGUGGUGAGGCGAGAAUUGCCGAAUUGUUGUCAGACAUCAGCACGGUGCAUUCGUUCGAUUUGGUGGCCGUGAAUGAUCGAGUGACUACAUGUAAUAUGGCCAAGUUGCCUUUACAAAAAGAGUCUGUUGAUGUGGCUGUCUUUUGUUUAUCGCUUAUGGGUACGAAUUUAAGUGAUUAUUUACGUGAGGCCAAUCGAAUUCUGAAACGAGGUGGCAUAAUGAAAAUCGCUGAAGUUGGUAGUCGUUUUGUGAGCUUGAAGCAAUUCAUUCAUGGUGUUGGAAAGAUGGGAUUCGAACUUAUGGAAAAGAAUCUGGUUGCGUGCUGUUCACAAUCUGGCGAUGGUUUCACGUUAUUCGGUGAACCAGGUGGAGCCAUUUUUAAACUCUCCAAAAAGCUAGAUGAAUAUUGUUGGAUCGCUCAUAAACGUACAUUGGCGUGCAUUUGUUUGUGUGGCAAUAUUUUGGCGACUGUUGGUGAGGAUGAAGAGGGUGUGAAUUCGUUGGUGAAAUUAUGGCAUAUGGAUCGAUGUGAAAAAGAAGCACCGUUCUGUGGUCGUGUGAUACGUGCAUGUCAGUUAUUAGAAUCAAGCAGUUGCCAUCCGCAAGCGUGUAUCGUCACAUUGCACUCAUCUUUACAACAUUUUGCAAUUGGUUUCUCUGAUUCAUCGGUCAUUUAUUAUCAUGGUAAUUUAUUAAAAGAAAAGCCGACAAAAUGGUUGACAAUAGUGAAUGGCACAAUGUCAGGAACGGGUGAUGAAGUGAGUGGACUGGCGAUUGCAUGGCUGCAAUCUAAAAACGCAUGUGUUCUUUACGUAAUGACUUCUGUUAGUGUGCAGUCGUUUGUGAUCUCGAAUAAAGUUAUCAUUAAAACGGUGAUGCAUGAUGCGAAAGGAUGUCUUCGUGACUGUUGGAGUUUCUCAGAGGAGGACAAUCGACUCGUCGUUGGCAGUACUGAGAUGGUACAUUUUUAUGAGGCCGAACAGAGUUUGCUGUCCGAUAUAGACGGUGGACGUGGAAAGUGUCAUGCGCUCGGCCGAAGUAAUCAAAAGGUUCAACUGAAAGCAUUUAACAAUUAUGUGACAUUACUGAGCAAACAACCGUCGUCGAUGUGUUCAUCGCAAGAUAAUUGGACAUUCGUGUUGUCGGUGUACGAUGUAGAAGGUCAGUGCGUUGCAUUCUCAUGCGCAUUACCGUCAGUGUCUCGCAUCUUUUUGCUCGAUUCAUCUCUGAUGAUCUUGAGUGCAGAUGGCACUCUAUCACAUCUCAUCGAAAAACAUAUCAAAACUAAACUCGAUCUCUUGCUCAAAAAAAAUCUUUUCGAUCUAGCCGUCGGGCUGGCAAAGAGAAGUCCAGUGGGCAAUGAAUAUCUGCCAGAUAUCUGCACAAAAUAUGGUGAUUACCUCUUCGUGAGCGGUGACUUUGAAAAUGCCGUUAAGCAAUACGUGGAAACAAUCGGUUCACUUGAACCUUCGUAUGUCAUUAAAAAGUUUCUUGAUGGAUCACGUAUCAAAGAAUUGUGUUCCUACUUGGAAAUGCUACACAAGAAAGGUCAAGCGACAGCUCAACACACCACAAUACUCAUCAAUUGUUAUGCAAAACUAGGUGCACGUCAUAAAAUUGAUUUAUUCAUAAAACAAAAACUGAGUUGUGAUGUUGAUGUUGCUGUACAGGUUUUACGAGGUGCUAAUUUCACAGUUGAAGCAUGUCGAUUGUGUGAAGAGAACGGUUUACAUGAUACUUUACUGAGCAUUCACGUGGAUGAUUGUGCUGAGUACGCGGUGGCAUUGGCGUGUAUCGAGAAAAUGGAUGAUGAUUUGGUGGAGAAAUAUCUUGAAAAAUAUGGUAAACUUUUGCUGGAAAAAUGCCCUGAGCAGACGAUGAAUUUUCUGGUUAAAUUGAUCGCUUCGAAUGAUAAAAUCGACGCAACACAUUUGAUGAAAAUGUUCGUUGGUGAUACCGUACACUGCUCACGUUUCGUGGAAUUAGCACUUCAGGCAGAUAGAUGCAACUCAAAAUUACGCGAUAUUGUUCUGGAGUUGCGAUUACGUCAAUGGAUGGUGCAUCGUAGAGAGGAUAGUGGCAAGCAAGAGAUGAACACAGAUGAAAUAGUGGCCUUAAUUGGUGAUUCGGAUUUGCCGAAUGCAUUACAAAUAUGUCAGAUGUUCGAUUUCGCACCUGGCAUUGUGCACAUUUACACUAGCUUGGAACGGUUCGAUGAACUGAUCGAAUAUCAUAUGCGACAGAACAAUCUAAAAGAAGUGUUCGAGUUGUGCGAACGAAACGGGUUGAUCGCCUCCGAUGAGAAAUCAGUUGCAGCUUGCGAAGCAAAAAUGUCGCAAAUAGAAGAGCAAGUGGAGAAUAUCAAUUAUAAGAGUCGCGAUCACGAGUCGGAUAGAUUCAACAGCCGAAGUGCGCGAAAACAAUUCCGUGAUGAGAUAGACUCAAGUGUUGAUUGUAUGUCACUAAUAGCGUCAUAUAUGAGUGAUGGAUUAUUCGAUUCGUGGUCAAGUGAGCAGUCGAAAGCUGCUCACAGCCAGCAACAGCAGCAGUACACCGUGCCAACGGCUCUGAAUGCCGCAGUGUCAGCAAAGCCAUCGUCUUCUUCGUCAGCUUCCAUAUCACAGCAGUCAAAAAGCACCGCGGAUAUCGAUCAGUCGAAGAAGUCGCUUCCGGUCACUCCAUCCUUUCUCUCGAAACGUGCUGCCCAAUCAACAACCAAAUCCACAAAUCCUUUUGAUGAGGAUUUCAAUGAUAGGAGCAGCAGUAGCAAUAGCAGUCAACAUACCACAACUCCACUGUCGACGAAUCCUUUCGGAACUGGUUUUUAA